AGGUCAGUUGUGCUUGAAGUGGAACAUUCUUCGUAUCAGCUGACAACCAAAGCAAAACAGUCGGUGCGCGACCAUCUUGUCAAAACUGGAAUCAACAUACAACAAAUGUAUUUUAAAAUGUCCUAAAUCAUAUAAUAAAGAAUGCACGAGCAGGACGGCGACGGCGAGCCGGCGCACCACGCGCGUCGGCCCAUGAACGCCUUCCUCAUAUUCUGCAAGCGACACCGCAGUGUCGUCCGCGACAAAUACCCCAACUUGGAGAACAGAUCUAUAACCAAAAUACUCGGCGAGUGGUGGGCCAACUUGGACAAGGAAGAGAAAGCUUGCUACACAGGUCUUGCUAAACAGUACAAAGACGCAUUCUUCAGCGCCAACCCCGACUUCAAAUGGUACAAGUUGCCCGCACCGCCUCUACGCACACUCUCCUCUCGCCCGAGGGACGCGAGCGACAAACUUGACUCCUCCAACGAAUACCACGAGAGCGAACUAGAAAAGACAAACAACAACUCUACCAAACACGAUUACAACACAAAACUAAUCGAUGAUGAAACCGAAGCUGAUCCCAAACCUCUAUCGAUGUUCACACCGGGCAAACUGGCCGACGAAGCUCAAAUGGGAAGCCUGAGCAGCCUCCUAGCUACCAAGACUGAAGUUCAAACUCCAAACCCUUACUACUCACCUCCCGCUUACAAAUUCACCGCGAUCUCAACCCCAAUCGAAUAUAGAUCUCAUAGCCUCAUACCGAAACCCAAUAAUGAACAUAGCAUAAACGAACUCCAGAACGCUCUCACGGAGACGACGAAAAUGUUCGAGGAAGACUUCGACGAACAGUAUCGUUACGGCGAUCAGUUCACGAACCAAGAUGUGAUAGACCAAAUAGUUGAUAAGCGAUAUUCUAACGACGAAGGGUACCAGAGGAACUGGUCGGACGACGAGAGGAACAGGUCCGGGAGGUCGUGUAAAGGGAAAAGGUACCAGGAGUUCAUGGCCGUCGGAGGACUGAUAGUGAAUAAGAGGCAGAGGAGAGAUUGUCCCGAGCGGUUGUCGGACGAAGGAUACAGCGCUUCGUGCAGCUGCGACCCUGGCUCCUCGCGCGAGGAAUCGACGGUCACAGACGACUCCAAAAUCGAAUACGUCGACACGUCCGCCGAAAUCGAAACAAAAAUGGAGCAAAUCGACUCCCCCGAACCAGACAAUAAUUCAAACAAAACAUUCAAGGCUGCCGACUUCGACCUGGACGCUAAAAUUAAAGCACUACCCUCCCUUAGCUUAGAGAAAUUCCAGCAGAGAAAACGUGAAAACAAGCGGAAGAAAAAGACUCUCCACAUAAAGCCGAAGGUGGUCGAACCGCCACAGAUCAUAAAUUCCGUGCCACGACAUAUGAUGGACGAGAGGCGAGAGAUGGCUGAAAGUUGGAGGGAAACCGUGAUAGGGAGCCAGAAGAGGAAACCGAGGAAGAUUAGUAUUACGAGGCUGGAAAUCAACAGCAUGAUUUCGAGCACCGAUAUGAACGGCGGGCAUAAGAUCAGCCCAGAGAUCAAAAUAGCUACGGAAGCUCCCUGCACGGUUGUCCAAAGUAUGGACAUGUGCAGCAGCAAUGUGGACAUGCUAGCCCUGGCCACCUUAGCCGAAGUGGCGUCCAAAACGUCGCGCAUAGAAGAUAUCAAGGAAACGACGGCCAAAGCGAGCGACGCUUCCACGGUAUAAAAUACCAACAACUAGCCUUAAAAACCAGAUAUUCCAAAAAUUAUUUACUUUAUAAUCAGAUAAUAUUUAUAUAUAGAUAUAUAGAUCUACUUUUACAUUGUACGCAUAAAGAUUAAUA